AUGCAACCCUCAUGCUUGGAACUCCACUUGAGGACAACACAUCCUGCUCUUGCAGACAAGCCCAAGGCAUUCUUUGAAACAGAAAGACAUUCCUUGAAGAAAGCUAAGUUGGACAAUAAUGGGGCAUUUCGGCAACAAACUUCAAUGGUUGUUGAGACUUUCUAUGAGAUCGCCAUGUUGAUCGCAAAGAGCAAGAAGAGCCAUAACAUCAGAGAGUCUCUCAUAAAAUCAAGUCUACUCUGUGCAGCAGAACUCGUUCUGGGGAAACAUAGUGCAAACAAGCUUUACCAGACUACACUAUCAAACGAUACAGUCAAGGGAAGGAUCAACGACUUGUCUCAAGAUAUCAAAGAUCAAAUUCUCAACCAAGUAGGAGAUUCUCCUGGUCUUGCCAUCCAGUGUGACAAAAAAGCUGACAUUGCUCAGUGUUCUCUCAGCUACUGA